ACUACUGGCCGAAUAUGGACUCCCGCGUACGGCAGCAGGACAGGAUGCAAUCAUGGUGGUUAUCGACAAAUUCUAAAAGAUGGGCCAAUUCAUUGCCACGCAUGCGAACGCCACUACCAAAGAAACAGCUCGACUAUUCUUCCACCGAGCCACUUACCUCCAUGGGAUCCCAAGGACUUUGGUUUCUGAUAGAGAUCCAAAGUUCACUAGCAAAAUCUGGAAGGAGCUCAUGCGACUCCUUGGAACCCGUCUGGCAAUGCCAUCUGCCUACCAUCCACAGACUGAUGGGUAGACAAAACGAUUCAACCAGAUCGUGGAACAGUUGCCGAGGGUUGCCUACAAGGACGAAACAAGCAAGUGGGACCAGCAGCUACCUCUACUGGACUUCUCAUACAACAAUGCUACCCACUCAAAUAUGGGACAGACACCGUUCUUUCUUUGCUACGGACGGCAUCCCCUCACUCCACAACAACCUCUUGUUCCUGCUCAAAUCCAACCAGCACACGACUUCGUUAAUCCUGUAACAUUCUGCCUUAAACUCCCGACCACAUGA